AUGUUUUGGUUCUUCUUUCUUAUUGCUUUAAUCAAAGCAGAUUCAAUAGAAUUUCAAUGUCCUCCUACAACGGCAUCAAUACAACAUCUUCUUGAUGAAGCAUAUAUUCCAGGUGCUUCAAUUAUUGUUCUCAAUCGAGAUGAAGUUCUCUAUCAAAAAGGAAUUGGUUACCAUUCUCCUCCAAUAUCAGAACAACGUCAACCAAUGAAUGCUUUAUCGUCAGUUUUCGUGUUAGCAUCAAUUUCAAAAACAUUCAUCGCUGUUGCUACUAUGCAAAUGGUUGAAUUAAAUCUUCUUAAUCUUGAUGAAGAUAUUAAUAAAUAUUUGUCACCUCGUAUGAAAAUUAUUCAUCCAUAUUAUCCAAAUGCUAUUAUUACUACUCGACAUUUACUUACACACACAGCUGGUAUUGGACAAAAUCUUAUAGAAGAAUAUAAAUUCUAUCUUCCUGGUGAUGGUUUUACAAAAACAAAUCUUGGUGAUGUCAUUGAAAAAUAUCUAAGUUAUAAUACUAGUUGGUUACCUGUACCACCUGGUCAUAAUAUAACAUUCUAUUCAAAUGUAGGAGCAAGUUUAGCUGCAUUUAUUGUUGAACGUUUAGCUAAUACAUCAUUUGAAGAAUAUGUUCAAGAAAAAAUAUUAAAAGUAUUAAGUAUUGAUAAAAAGGAUGCUGGCUAUCGAUUAAGUAAUUUUCAAGAUAAGAAAGAAUCUCUUAUUGGUCAUUAUGUUUAUAAUGCAUCAUGGCUUCAAACAUUUCAAUAUAUGGUACCACAAUUAAAUGUUUCUCGAGCUGAUAAUUUUUCUGAUUGGUUAUAUGUUCCUUUUUACGGUGUUAGUAGAUAUCCGGCUGGUUAUUUACGAAUGUCAGCUUAUUCAUUGAGUCUAUUUUUGCAAUCAUUUCUUAAUAAUUUUACAACACUUUUACAUAAUUUAUCUUCCAUUGAAGAAAUUAUUCAUGUUGCACCACAAACAAAUUAUUUGAAUAUGACAGACAGUAAAUAUGGUCUUAUGUGGUAUUGGAAAGUUAUAGGCGAACGACGUUUAAUUGGGCAUGAAGGAUCAGUACCUGGUAUAACAACAAUAAUGAUGGCAAAUGAAAAAAGAAAUUUAGGAGUAAUUAUACUAACAAAUGGAGAUGUUGUGCGAGACGAUAGUCAAGCGAAUAAAGUCCAAAAGACAAUAAUUAAUAUGAAAAAAGAACUAUUUGAUUGUUUUGAAAAGUCAACGAACACAGGUUCUGCAAAUCGAUCAUAUAACUUUUUUUUAAACUAUGGAAUUAUUAGUAUUAUAUGCUUCAUAUUUAAUUCAUUCAUGAUGCUCUGCUAA